GUGCGCGAUCGGGUGGGGGUGGUGGCGGCUAUGUGGGGGGUGGUGCGCUCUGCCGUCUAGACAGUCGGAUCUGGACGGGGAGGGGGGGGGGGGCGUGUGCGCUGGGCGCACCUGCGAGACUACCGAGCCCCCCGGCCGGCACGUGUGGGGAGUGGACGCGUCCGCUGCGCCCCGCUUCGCAGUACUUAGGGGAAGGGAGGGGGGCGGGUGGGUGCUGCGGCCCAGAUAGUGGGAGGGGGCGGCGGCCAUGGAGCGGGUAAACGACGCUUCCUGCGGCCCGUCGGGUUGCUACACCUACCAGGUGAGCAGGCACAGUACCGAGAUGCUGCACAACCUGAACCAGCAGCGCAAAAACGGCGGCCGCUUCUGCGACGUGCUCCUGCGGGUGGGCGACGAGAGCUUCCCGGCGCACCGCGCCGUGCUGGCAGCCUGCAGCGAGUACUUUGAGUCGGUGUUCAGCGCCCAGUUGGGCGACGGAGGUGCUGCGGACGGGGGUCCUGCAGACGUGGGGGGCGCGGCGGCAGCUCCGGGCGGCGGGGCUGGGGGCAGCCGGGAGCUAGAAAUGCACACCAUCAGCUCCAAGGUGUUCGGGGACAUCCUGGACUUCGCCUACACUUCCCGCAUCGUGGUACGCCUGGAGAGCUUCCCCGAGCUCAUGACGGCCGCCAAGUUCCUGCUGAUGAGGUCGGUCAUCGAAAUCUGCCAGGAAGUCAUCAAACAGUCCAACGUGCAGAUCCUGGUGCCCCCUGCCCGGGCCGACAUCAUGCUCUUUCGGCCUCCUGGGACCUCAGACUUGGGCUUUCCUUUGGACAUGACUAACGGGGCAGCCUUGGCAGCCAAUAGUAAUGGCAUCGCAGGCAGCAUGCAGCCGGAGGAGGAGGCUGCCCGGGCAGCAGGUGCAGCCAUUGCCAGCCAAGCUUCUUUGCCUGUGUUACCUGGGGUGGACCGCUUGCCCAUGGUGGCUGGACCCCUGUCCCCCCAACUGCUGACUUCCCCAUUCCCCAAUGUGGCAUCCAGUGCCCCUCCACUGACUAGCAAGCGAGGCCGGGGCCGCCCAAGGAAGGCCAACCUACUGGACUCGAUGUUCGGGUCCCCAGGGGGCCUGAGAGAGGCAGGCAUCCUUCCAUGUGGCCUAUGUGGGAAGGUGUUCACCGACGCCAACCGGCUCCGGCAGCACGAGGCCCAGCACGGUGUCACCAGCCUCCAGCUGGGCUACAUCGAUCUUCCUCCUCCAAGGCUGGGUGAGAAUGGGCUCCCCAUCUCUGAGGACCCUGAUGGCCCCCGAAAGAGGAGCCGGACCAGGAAGCAGGUGGCUUGUGAGAUCUGUGGCAAGAUCUUCCGCGAUGUGUACCAUCUCAACCGACACAAGCUGUCUCAUUCUGGGGAGAAGCCCUACUCCUGUCCCGUGUGUGGGCUGCGGUUUAAGAGGAAAGACCGCAUGUCCUACCAUGUGCGGUCCCAUGAUGGGUCCGUGGGCAAGCCCUACAUCUGCCAGAGCUGUGGGAAAGGCUUCUCCAGGCCUGAUCACUUGAAUGGACAUAUCAAGCAGGUGCACACUUCUGAGCGGCCUCACAAGUGUCAGACCUGCAAUGCUUCUUUCGCCACUCGAGACCGCCUGCGCUCCCACCUGGCUUGUCAUGAAGACAAGGUUCCCUGUCAGGUGUGUGGAAAGUACCUGCGGGCAGCAUACAUGGCCGACCACCUGAAGAAGCAUAGCGAGGGGCCCAGCAACUUCUGCAGUAUCUGUAACCGAGGUUUCUCCUCUGCCUCCUACUUAAAGGUCCAUGUUAAAACCCACCACGGUGUUCCCCUUCCCCAGGUCUCCAGGCACCAGGAGCCCAUCCCGAAUGGGGGAGCAGCGUUCCACUGCGCCAGGACCUAUGGCAACAAAGAAGGCCAGAAAUGCUCACAUCAGGAUCCGAUUGAGAGCUCCGACUCCUAUGGUGACCUUUCUGAUGCCAGUGACCUGAAGACACCUGAGAAGCAGAGUGCCAACGGCUCCUUCUCCUGUGACAUGGCUGUCCCUAAAAACAAAAUGGAGUCUGACGGGGAGAAGAAGUACCCAUGCCCUGAAUGUGGGAGCUUCUUCCGUUCUAAGUCCUACUUGAACAAACACAUUCAGAAGGUGCACGUCCGGGCCCUUGGGGGUCCCCUGGGGGACCUGGGCCCUGCCCUUGGCUCACCUUUCUCUCCCCAGCAGAACAUGUCUCUCCUCGAGUCCUUUGGGUUUCAGAUUGUUCAGUCGGCCUUUGCAUCAUCCUUAGUAGAUCCUGAGGUGGACCAGCAGCCCAUGGGGCCUGAGGGGAAGUGAGGCAGAUGCAACGUCCCCACAGGAACAGCCAUCCGGGGACUACUGAGAAAUGCUGUGAAUGCGGAGGGAAGUAAUGUUUUGGGGUUCUGUAGCUGAGAGAUUUUUAUUCAUUUUUAACCCCCUCCCCCAUCCCUACCCUAACCUUACUCCCACUCAAUCACCCAUCCCCUCAAUGGUCUUUAGAAUAGAUUCUCAUCUGAUACUCUGCAGAAAUAUCUGUGAGACCAGGUAUAUGAGAGAGAGAGAGAGAGAGAGAGAGAGAGAACAAGGGCAGAAAACACUACAUAGGCCUGUAAGUCAGCACCAGCCAUUUUCUCUAAUGUGAGGAAACUGGAAUUCCUGGUGCUCAGUCCUUAGUGAUCCCAAUCCCAGAGCCAAAUCCUACGGCAUUCUAGGACCUCAGUGGUUUUGGUCCCUUCCCACUUCUCUUAAUUCCUCAUUUCCCCUUACCAUACCCCUCAAAAGAAACCACAGUAGUGUCUCCUUCACACACAUAACCUUGAUGCCCAACUGUUUUAAAGGAAGCCAGAAGCCUACAGCAUCCAAUGGACCAUGGGGUACCUGUCCUCUGAGCUUAGCCUAGAGGGCUCUUGGUCUUCCUGAGCCCUGUUGGAGGCUACUGUUUUACUAGCUAGGACAAGCUCAGCUAAUGAGGACACUCCCACCCCAAAUUCCAGUUCUUACAUGAUUUUAACCAUUCAACUUGCUGUUGGGUUUUAAUUCUCUAAUUAUUAUUAUUAUUAUUAUAUAUUUUUUUUUAGGACCAGUUGUAGUGAAUUGCUACUGAAAGCUAUCCCAGGUGAUACAGAGCUCUUUGUAAACCGCAGUCACACAUUAGGGUUAGAAUUAAACUUCGUUUAGAUGUACUAUAAUUAACUUGGCUAGUUGAUUGUUUGAAGUCUAUGGAAGAAAUAGUUUUAUGCAAAAAUUUAAAAAAUGCUAGUCUGGUCAGGAGGGUAAGAGAUUUCAAUGCUGUUGGGAGCCAGGAAGGUAGGAGAACCAGCAGGUAGGGGCCUUGUGUACUUUGGUUGUAUCACACAUGAGCAAGCCCAGAUUGACCUUGUGAUGUGAAUUAGUCUGAUCAGACUGUAUUAAAAACGCUAGUACCUUA